AAAAGUGAAAAUGUUACCUCAAGAUCGACUUCAUUCAAACAACGAAGUACGUUUGUAUUUUGGUAACCGGAAUUAUAAAUCUGUUGUUAUAACAACCGAAGAAUCAGCAGGUUCCGGAAGUUUGAGGAAAAGUGUGAAGGAAAGUGUGAAACGCCGAAUAUGUACGGCAAAUUGUUCAUCACAUAACAGAGAAGUGUCUGCUAUUAUUUUGGCUGAUAAAGAUGUCUUUACAUCAAACUGGUGAUACUUGAAUAGAUAUUCCUUCAACAUGAACGCAGCAUGCAAAAUACUUCCUGGAUUUACCUGGGAUUAUACUUAAGGACCUAUGCCUUCACAAAAGUACGGAUCAACUUCCAUAUGCCUUGGAAGAAGAUGAGCUGUGAACGUUAUUCUCCUGUCUGUAUUUUUCUAUCUACUGUUUUACUCUUUAUUCUUCUAUCUACUAUUUUAUUCUUUAAUAAACUGUGAAUUCCCUGUCUAGAACUUUCCUACAUACCUUGUCUCUGAUGACGGAAUACCCAGUGUAUGGAAAUGCUAACCUAUCACUUGGGAUAUCCCAGAAAUAGCUGUAAGAGAUCCAAUAAUUAAUUAACUAAUUAAUUAAUUAGUUUAAAUUCACUGCUGUGGUUUUUGUUGUCCUUUUUCCUCUAAUAUAUACAUAUAUCAUCUUAAUCAUUAUCUUCAUCAUUUAAUGCUUAUCUUCCAUGCUGUCAUGGGUUGGUAGUUCAACAGGAUCUAAUGAGUCAGAGGACUGCCUUAAGUUCCAAUGACUUCCUAAUGCCAACAUCUUUAUAGAGUGUAUGGUGGUGGUGGGGGCUUUUUUUUUGUGACACACAGUAGUAGUAAAGUUCAUUGCUAAAGAAGAGAUAUAUGACUACUCUGCAUUAUAUAAGAGUGGAGCUGUAGAAAGGGAGAUAAAGAUAAUGGGGAAGUGGUGUCAGGGUGUAUCAUCGAGGUGCAAGAAGUGAAGAGAGAGUGGGAACAAAAGACUAGGAAGGGUCGAUGGAAAAAGGUUGCAAGAGUUGGGUGGAGAAUGAGGGAUGAUUGGUGAUGGGGGGGGGGUAAAGGUGAAUGUAGUGGAGGGGUGGUUGAUUGUAGAUAUGAGUUGGAAGAAGGUAGUAAGAGGGAGGGAUCAUAUUAGUAGAAGUGGCUGAAGGGUGAUGAGUGACAGUACAGAAAGGGUGAAGAGCAGUGAAAUAAUAAAAUAAUUCUAGAUGAGGUAAGAAUGAGAAAUAGGGAGAUGAUGGGUGGAGGUGGGUUGGGUAAAAUUUGUAAAAGUGAAGGGAGAGAAAGUGAGACAUAGUGACAUAAUGAUUGAUUGAAGGAGGUCAGAAGUAUGUAAGGGUGAAUAGUGUGUGAUGAACAAAGGUCAAGGUGGUGGGUGGGUGCAGAGAUGAGAUGGUGUUAAGAAUUAGACAUGGGUGUCAAUAGAAUUUGUUUCAGUGACCAGAUAACUCGAAAAUAAGAGUGCGGAGAGAGGAGGAGAUGUCAAAAGGAAAUAGUUGCAGGGAGAGGGGGAGGUGUCUGUUAGCACAAGAAGGGAUGAAAUAUGUAGUUCUGUUCUCACUUAAUUACAGCAGUGGAAUAAUGCAACAGUUGGAAGAGUAAUGGAGAGAUGACAAUCCUUUUAGGACUUCAGUUUUGCCAUGAUUAGCAGGUUUUAACAGCAUGUUGUCAAUUGUUUCAAUCAUUUGUCAUUGCUUCCAUGAGGCUCAACAUCCUGAGACCAUCCUUCACGACAUUGUCAUACAUCUUCCUGGGUCUCUGUCUCCUAUAGGUUCCAUCCAAAUUUAGCAAUCAGCACUUCUUUAUACAGCUGCCCUCAUCCAUAUGCACACAUGCCUAUACUAAUUUUCUCCCAUGCACACUACAUCCAAUUCCUCCUGUGUCCAGUUUUCUUCUCAACAGGUUUGUCAUUCACGAACACUUACAUUGCAAGUCAUCUGCAUUCAGUUCACUUUAUCAGAAGCAAGGACAAUGCUGCAGUGGCACUUCAGACAUUUUUCUCUUCUAAAGAGCCUGAUAUUUUGACUCAAGGAAUCAGAAAAUUGGUUUCAAACUUGAUCAUGAAGUGCAAUUUUUCAUGCAUAUUUCUGGUCACUUUUCUCUUUCUUCAUGAAAAAGUUACAUUGGUAACUUGUUCUAAGGGAGAUUCUUCCUGGAUAUUCCAGCGGUGCCUUAGUGGUUGUCUUCAUAAAAACUGCACUAAUAUGAAAGUCUUUGCCAGUCGCCAACCACUUAGUUUGAAACUAACAGGUUGGCAUUGCGAAGAUGAAUGCAAGUAUACUUGUAUGUGGUAUACUGUUGAUGCUUUUCAAAGAGACAGCCAAAAAAUACCACAGUUCUAUGGAAAGUGGCCAUUUGUUAGAUUUUUUGGUAUUCAAGAACCUGCUUCUGCGAUAUUUUCCCUCUUCAAUGCUUUAACACAUAUGAUGAUUUUCAAAUUCCGAGCCAGGGUGCCAUCUGUUGCUCCAAUGUACUAUGUGUGGCAUUCAAUGGCUGUGAUUUCUGCUCAUGCUUGGUUUUGGUCUCUAGCUUUUCACACUAGAGAUACUGCUUUCACAGAGAUGAUGGAUUAUUUCUGUGCAUUCUCUUUAAUUCUUUUCAACUUGUUUCUCUUCUUCUGUCGGGUUGUUGGAACUCAGCACUAUAUAGUCUUAUCAGCACUAUUCAUUGGACUGUUAUCAUUUUGUGUACGCCACUUUUAUUAUAUGGCAUAUGUGAAAUUUGAUUAUACCUACAAUGUGUAUAUUUGUUCUUGUAUUGGGUUCCUUCAGUCUAUGUUCUGGGGUGUUUGGUGCUAUAUUAAAAGAAGAGAACAAUACUAUGUCUGGAAAUGUGUAGUUGUGUUGUGUUUAACUAAUGUGCUUUUGUGUCUUGAGCUCGGCGAUUUCCCUCCACUACUGUGGAUCGUAGAUGCUCAUGCUUUAUGGCACUUAGGAACAGUCCCACUUGCUAUACUUUGGUACAGUUUUCUUAUUGAUGACACCUUAUAUCUUCUAAAAAAGACAAAGCUACAAGGCAUUAUAAUACCAAACCCCAUGGAAACGUCAUAAUUUUGUUUGCACAUAUGCAUACAAACACAUAUGUAUGUAUAUAUGCUCACACAGAAACAUUUACAUAUAUUCAGUAUGUACAUAUAAUUAAAUCAUAUAUCUAUGAAUAAUAUAUAUGUAUUGUAUAUAAAAUAAAUAUGAAUGUGUGUGAGAGUGCAUGUGUAUAUAAACACAUACAUGUGUGUUUGUGUAUGUAUAUUUUUAUAUAUAUAUAUAUAUGUAUAGAUAUAUAUAUG